GUUUUUCUUAUGAAGAAUUUCAAGCCGAUUUACCUUUUUUUCUUAAUGAUAGUAAUAACGAAAUGCAUUUCCCCUUUUUUCCUGAUGACAUUGAUACAGUAGAGCAUAUCGAUAACUUUAAAAAACAAUUUGAUAGUCAAAAUUUCUACGUAGAACUUCAAGAAAAUAUGGGUGUAGAAAUUCAAGGAAGCAUUGUCAUAGAACCUCAAGAAAAUAUGGAACCUCAAGAAAAUAUGGGUGUAGAAUUUCAGGGAAGCAUUGUCGUAGAACCUCAAGAACGUUUAAAAUCAGAAUUUCAAGGAAGUAUGAGUGUAGAAUUUCAUGAUAGUGCGGAUGUAGAAUUUUACGAUAGUAUGGAUGUAGAAUUUCAUGAUAGUAGGGAUGUAGAAUUUCACAAUAGUGUGGAUGUAAAAUUUCACAAUAGUAUGGAUGUAGAAUUUCACGAUA